CUACUGUGGAAUGAUUUGCCAAUUUAGGUUAGAAAUGCAGACUCAAGUGUCUACUAAAGACUCAUCUAUUCAGGAUGGUCUGUGAUUAAGGGGAACAAGAGAUCAGUAACGUAAGUUGUAACACUAUAAGGAGUAUGACUUUGAACAUCCUUUUUCUGGGACGGAACAGUGAUAAUUAUCAUAAUUUCUUAUGAUUUUAAAUUUGGAUUUUAGAGCUACUGCUAACAACUUGUAUACCAAUGUUUCCUUUACAGGUUCUGAUAUAGUCAUGGCAAGAGACAAGAUCCUUUACUUUGCUGUGCUGUUUCUCUUCAAUGCUUUUACAUUAAGUGUGUACUUAAUGAUGGGUUUUCCGGGUCUAAAUUCUCCCCAUAAUGAAAUCCCCUUAUCAAUGGUCCUGGAGUCUGUUGAUGACAGCUAUGAUGGAUGCACUGUAGAAAUGAAGAAGAAGGGUUCUCCUGGUAAAUAUUCUCCUAAGGAAAUCCCCUUAUCAAUGGUCCUGGAGGCUGUUGAUGACAUGUAUGAUGGAUGCACUGUAGAAAUGAAGGACAAAGUAAAGGAAUAUCUUAAAAAAGAAAUGAAGCAGAACCCAUUUAAAGACAGUUGGAACGAGGCAAAGACAUGUCUAAAUGAUGUAAAGGAACGAUUCAAAAAAGACAAAGACAAGUUUAAUGAUGCUGAACUUGAAAAUGACCACAUCAAGGCCAUCUGUGCAUAUACAGCUAAGAAACCCCCGAUAUAUGAUAAAUUCAACGAAGACGUCCGCACCCAAAAGAAUCAGUAUACAACAACCUUCCAGUACCAUACUCUACAUUUCUGGCUCACUGAUGCUGUCCGUCUUUUGAAGGAAAAGGACCCGGAAUGUAUAACCUCAUACAGAAGAACAAAGGACAUAUAUAUUGGUGAAGUUAACAAAGAGAUGAGAUUUGGAUAUUUUGCAUCCAGCUCCCUGGAUAACAAUAGUAAUAAAAUAUUUGGAGAAGAGUCCUGCUUUGAAAUAUUUACAUGUUUUGGCGCAUACCUACAGUCUUACCCUGGUUUGGGGAACAGUCAAAGAGAGGUGUUGAUUCCACCCUACGAAGUCUUCAAAAUUACUGCUGUGAGUAAAAAAAAAGAUAAUAGCCUUUGGUGCAAAACUGUGUACAAACUAAAUAGUACUAAAAAACCCUUAAGUAAUCUGAAUUGCAAAAUGGUCAGUCAUUCAGCAGAGUAUAAUCUGUAGUGACAAGCCAAUCAAAUAUUAAGAAAAUGUCAUCUAUAAAGUGAAUUUAAUUCAACCACAUAGGCUGUUGAUGCUUCUUAAAAUUACAAAAUGUAAUAAUAAUAACAUGUUCAGUGUCUGUAGUUUGCAUUGUAUUACCUUUAAGGGUUUACUGACUGAUGUCACAUACAGACCUCAUUAUGAAACAUGGAAGUACAUUAGUGAGGUGGUUGUUCUAAUCUGUGUAUCAGACCAAGACACAUACUGUAUGGAUGCAACAUACUUCUGUUAUCAAAUGUAUUAAUUAUGAAUGAAUUACAGCCUUUUGUCAUCACCCCCCUCCCAACUUCUUCUUCCACCCCCGAAAUCCUUCCUUCCUCAGUAACCUCUUCCUCCCCUGUACUUUAUGUCACGGGUGUGAAAGCAAAGGUCUGGAAUAUGUUUGUUAAACAAUUUCUAGUUUUUUUUUUUUUUAUGUCUUUAUUGAUUUAUUUCUUAAUUAAUGCUUUGUCCAAAUAACAGAGUUGGUUUCAUGAUGUUUUCAAAAUGAGAGAAUUUAUCUCUGGGGAUUAAUAUGUUUCCAAAUUGAGUGUGUUUGCUAAUUUGCUGAGUCAUUAGUUAAGGGAAGCGCUUCCAUUUUACUAA